GCUUGUUGUUGUUGUGUGUUGCAAAUCACCGACGAAACUUAACAGUUAAUGCUAAAACAAAAGCGAAGCAUAGAAUGUGCUGCAUUUGAAGUGUCAAACACAAAAUCAAACCACUUGUUCGAAUGAACACAAGCCGUAAUCGAAUGUCAGUCACAACAUUCAAUCAAAAAUGACGCAUCGUCAUUAAUUUCGCACAAUUUCAUUCAACUAAACUGAAUUAAGGUCAAAUCGAACUGAAAUCAAGAGAGUUCGGUUCGAUUUAAAGUGAAUUUUCUUGGGAGAAACCAGAAAUUUUGCUUGUAAAAAGUGAAAAUCGUGAAUUAGAUUUCGAGUUGUAUGCGGUGAACGAAAAACAGGGGGAACAUCAACAGCCAACACGCAAUUUACCGAUAUUUGGAGUGAUUUGAGUGUUGGUUUUGCUGCAUAAAAUUAGAAUUGGGUCGCAAUGGCACCACCAAGAAAGUUGAAAUAUCCUGAUCUUGACUCGGGCCCGCGCAAAAAAUUAUGUUUGCCAAAGUCAAGACGGGAUAUAAUGAAGAGAGCUAAACCGAUCUUGGAGAAAAUUCGAGUUACCCGCACACGAAAUGAACUCAAUGGAACCGAAAUGCUCAUAAUGCAACUGUAUGAAGCACAGAUUGCAGCGGACAAAUAUGAAAAAGAAACGGGGAAACCGGCACAUUGGAUGCCGAAUCGACGCAAAAAGGCACAAAAAAGUCCGCAGCAUGACAUCAAACCAGAUCGCAUGAGGUCACCGUCACCAAUCAGAGCCCACGAUGAUGAUUUCGAGACAAUCGAUUACAAAUUAACGAACAACAAUGCGAUGGAUUCGGUACAGCCAUUUGAAAGUGUUGUUGCAUCAUCGACACCAAUAUCGUCUCAUCGCCAGUUUGGCGGCAAAACCCUCCCAGAAAAGCCAGUUUUGAUGGGCGUACUGAGAAAUAUUGGCAAUACUUGUUACAUGAACGCUGUUUUGUAUUCGUUACGAUUCAUUACGGCAUUUCCGCACAAUUUGCACCAUUUUUGUGAAAAUAUGCUGCUGCUAUUCGAUGAAACCGAGGCAGAAGACAGGGUUCCAGAGAAUUCUUGCGCUAGAAUGCGUGCCACAGCCGAAUUCGUGUCGAAUCAGGACCAAUGGCCAGAAUUCCAGGUCGAAUCGAUGGACGAAAAGCGACGGAUAAUCCAACAGCUCCAUGCGGUGUUCUUAAAAUUGACAGAGCAUGAAAAAGAAAAUGAUUCAACAUCGCUUAGACCUACUCAAUUCCAAAAGUAUGCGUACAACGUUAAUUCGACAUUUGUUCCGGGAACUCAGCAAGAUUCACAUGAACUACUGAUGUGCUUGCUGGAUAGCAUGCGAGACUGCGGCGAAGAGUACAUGGGUUUGGUGAGAGAAUAUCCGGCCCUUUUCGCAAGAGUUGGCGGUGAUGUGGCGUCAUUGUUGAAUUUCAAUUAUGUUCACGAACACUUCAUGGGCACACGAGUGACAACGUUGAAAUGCUUUGUAUGCGAAUCGAGGAGAACCAACCAUGAAGACAUCAUUGAUUUAACGGUACCAUUGACAUCGCAAAUGCAACUGGAUGAGAAUUUCAUCAAGAAUUCGUGUUUGGAACAACAAAGUUUCAGCACAUCUGAUGGAGCCAAGUGCGAUACAUGCAGAGGAGCAUCCCACAUGAGACAGACGACCUCAUAUCGAAAGUUGCCACGCAUUUUGAUCGUGCAUUUGGGUCGAUUUGACAAUAAGAUGAAUAAAGUUCACAUAGCCACACCGACACCGUUCAAUAUGGAUUGCUUCUGUCUGGACUGCAUGGAGAGUAUCGGAAAAGAUGGCACCAGUGUUCAUCGGUAUACAUUGAUGAGUGUAAUCAUUCAUUUGGGCGCAACACCAAAAUCCGGUCAUUAUAUUGCAUACGUACGAUCAUCUGAGAAGAAUCCACAACCACAAUUCUGGUGCGCAGGUCCAUCGUGCUGCCAUAUCAACAUGAAACCAGCCCAACCCAAUGGAAGCGAUCAACCAGGUGACAAUCAAUGGUACAUCUGUGAUGACGACCGAAUUACACCCAUUCUAGAGAGAGAUCUUCAGGUAAAAAUGGAACGUGAAGCCGAUCUCAGAACGCCAUACGUUUUGUUCUACGUGCGAGACGACAUGCUCACAGUACAAUAACCGCGUUCAAAUCUAUAUCACAAACUGAUUUUGUUCAUUUAAACCACAAGUGUUUUCGCAAGCGAUUUCUUUUUUUUUCACUCUUAAACAAAAAGAAUGCUGAAAAUACGGUUUAAUUUAUUAUUAAGAGACUGAGUAACAUCACCAAUUUCGAAAGAAAUUAGAUUGUGAUGUAUCAAUAAGAAUAGGUAACUUAAAAGAUGAAAUUGGGCUGAAAUGACUACGGAUGGGGGUAUUGUCAUUCGAUAGCAUUGUUUCUAACGAAGUGAAGUAGCCAAAAGAUGUGAGCAUCGUUUAAUCACCACUCAAGAGAGAGAAAAAACAUCGAAUUUAAUAUGUAAAUACCGCGGAUUAGAAAUAUCUUCAUUGGAUUAGAACGGUUUUUUGUCGCGUCUCAUUCGAGUCGAUGUUGUUUUUUCGCGCACAAUUUGUGUCUUUUAGCGACAUCUCAAUACUGGCCAUUUGAAUGGAGCCACAAAAUCAAUUCCAGUUUGUUAAAGAAAAAUUGAUUAAUUUCGUUUUUUUCGAGAAAAAAUCGCGACAUGUGCACACAAUUAUGUAUAUAUUUCAAGAUGUCGUUGAUCGAAACAGAAAACAAAUAUGAUAAUUAAUGUGUAUUUAUUGCUAUUUUGCCACUCUAGUUUCAUGCUUUAGAUAAUUUGUUUAGCAUUUUUUUCGAAUAAAUCCCAAUGUAAAUUUCUUUCGCUCUCUGUCACGGGUCUACUUUGAAAAAUGUCUUAAGUGUGAAUUCUGAUUUUUUUUCCUCUCACUCAAACUGACUAAACGUAUCAAUAUUUCACACAGUUUGAAUAAAACGUAUCAAUAUUUCACACGUUUUCCAAAGCGAAUAGCGGAUUCAGCCAGCAAAAUAGCCCCACUUUGAAGGAGAAAAAAAAUGCCAUUAGUUCAAUUUAGCGAUGAUAACAUAACAGAAUUAAAAAUUCACUUCGUACAUUUUGGUGUUGGCUAGUCGAAAAAUGUUGUCAUCGUAUGUCUUCAGAGUUUUCGAAGAAAUACUCUUUAAAUGUAUCACAUCCAAAGUUGAUGCGUUUUUUCUGUUAGAAAUAAGAAACUUUCAUUUCGCGAACAAAUGCUGUGCCUAUAUUUAUGCUAAGAAUCGAAUGGAUAACAUCUUAUUAUGAUGAAAACUCAUGAAAACUCAAAUGAAAAUUUAAUAAAUCACUAAAAAAUGUACAAAUUCGAUUUAACUAAGAAGAAAUUUAGUAUUUUUGUUGAAACAUUUCUGAAAAUGUUUGAAACCUGCGAAUUUUCAUGUAUUUUUCAAAGGUUGCUUGUAAAUCUAGAAUAAAUAAAAUAAAUCCAAAAAUUGUUGUCUCUGAACCGA